UUUUCCCCGGAAAACAUUUCCGAAGGCAUUCCGGAAUGAAAUAUUUCGGUGUUUUUUGCUUUUUUUUCUCCCUCUUUGGCCUUUCCAAUCGAGCAUUCGGCAAAGUUUUUGGCUGACCGACAGCAUGGUGCGUUUCGGGGCGAUGGUGAUCCAUUUAUGCGCAUGCUGACAUACCUCCCCUCCCGGUGCCUCCCCCCUCGCCCCUCUGGUGCGCCGUGACCGUUUAUGCUGCGCAUUUUGGCGCCUUCCCGUCGCCCAUUCGCAUCGCGACAGUUGACCGACUGAGUUGCGGUUUUGUGUGAAUUCCGGCGUUUUUUUUGGAUUCACUAAAUAUUUCUUUUUUUAUCUGUUUUUUUAUUCUUUUGAAAAAAAAAAAACUAAAAUAAAAUAAAAAUAGAGAAUAAAAUAGAAAAAAAGGGAAGACUUUGCGGUGUAAAAAGGACAAUUGAAAGAAAUACUCAUAAAAGAAAUCCGGAUUUUUUUUUUGGGAUAAAAGAGUUGUUCCUGUUUCGAAAAUACUUUUCCGGAAAAUUGAAAAAAAAGGAGUUUGAGUAUUUUUUUGUGGUUUUUUUUUCUUUGAAGUGUUUUGUGGCAGAGACAGUGUUUUAGAAAGAAAAAAAAAAAACGGUUUAAGUGUCUUCUACUUUGAAAUUUUCAACUGAAUCCGGAGCCACGUGUUGCCGUGCGUGACCCGCCGGCGGGCAAAUGUGCGCGUGAGAGCGCUGUGGAGGCGGGUAGGAUGUCCCUCUCCUGCCUCUGUCGGUGCCGCCUCUGGCUGUGCCUCAUUGUCCUAGUUCAUUUAACACCAUUACUCACGCACGCCACUCACGCCAAAUGUCACACGCACGCCGGUGACGCACCGAGGAAACCACCAAGUCCACAGGAAAAGUGCCGUGACUGUCGACGGACACCAGCCGCCUCGGAUGCCCUACGCCUUGAGGCCAUAAAGCAUCAGAUACUCACGAAAUUGGGCAUGAGUGCCCCACCCAAUGUCACGCACGCCCUACCAAAGCAACUGGCCAUUGAGACACUAUUUAGGGCCCAAGAGGCACCACCAGAUGCCAGACGACCAAGGCGACUUGCUGACGAAACUGAUGAUUUCUACGGACGCACCCAGGAAAUCAUUGAAUUCGCUGACAGAGGUGGCAUUGUAAAUGGACAGCACCUGCUUGAGUUCUCCACAAAUCAGGAGCAACCUGCAACACAGGAAUUGCGCAUUAGAGCAGCAACCCUGUGGAUUAGACUGGAUCUUGUUGGUAGAAAGCGCGAUCGGCGCUCAGAAUCGCGCCAUGAAAUCACACUGUGGGUCUUCCAGCUCCUCGAGACACCCCGCAAUUCAUCACGAAGUGCCGUUCUCCACGAUCAGGAGUUCGAUCGCGUAACACGAAUGAGUGCCAGCAGUCGCGUUGUUCUCGCUGAUGCCGGCUGGCAGAAAGUUGAUGUGACGCUAACGGUGCGUCGGUGGUUUUCUGGUGGUCAGGCCGAACCACUUAGAUUGCUAGUUGAUUGUUCCGGAUGCCGUGGUAGAGCACAUGUUCACAGUUUUGGUUCCCGGAGACGUCAAGUUGAUCCCCAUCGACCAUUCCUUGUGCUCCAUACCGAUCCAAAUACCAUGCGACGCGUUCGACGACGUGCCCUGGACUGCAGUGGUGCCGUUCGUGGACAGUGCUGCAAACAGCGAUUCUACGUCAGCUUCAAGGCACUUGGCUGGGAUGAUUGGAUCAUAGCGCCGCAUGGCUACUUUGCCAACUACUGCCGCGGCGACUGCGGCGGACCCCAUCGUACCCCAGACACCUUCCUCACCUACUACACCCACAUCAUCGAUGAAUUCCGCAAAAUGAACAAAUUAACAGGUAUGCAGCCAUGCUGUGCCCCCCUAAAAUUCUCUAGCAUGUCACUCAUCUACUUUGGGCCCGACCACAAGAUCAUCAAGCGUGACCUGCCCAAAAUGGUGGUGGACGAGUGCGGAUGUCCCUGAGGCAUCCAUAACCUCAAAAAGCAAAAAAACAAAAAAAAACCGAAAACAACAACCAAGCAACCAAAAGAAAAAAAAAACAAAA